UCUCUCCAGUUCUUGUUAGACAUCGCCAGGCAGAAGAACCAGACACCGUUGCCGUUGAUCAAGCCUUAUUCCGGCCCCAGGCUCCCACCGGACAGGUACUGCCUGACAGCGCCCAACUAUCGCCUGAAGUCCCUGCAGAAGAAGGUCUCUUCCUCAGCCGGAAGAAUAACCGUCCCUCGCCUGAGUGUCGGUGCUGUGAGCAGCAGGCCCAGCACUCCCACUUUAGGCACGCCUUCAGCACAAACAGUGUCUGUCUCAACCAAAGUGGGCACCCCGGUGUCACUGACCGGGCAGAGGUUCACUGUGCAGAUCCCGUCCUCUCAGGCAGCGGUCAAGUCAGCCACACCAACUACUCCAACAGUUCAGAAUGUUCUAAUUAAUCCUUCGUUAAUCGGACCAAAGAACAUUCUUAUUACUACGAAUAUGGUAUCGUCACAGAAUACAUCCAAUGAAGCAAAUCCCUUGAAAAGGAAGCACGAGGACGAUGACGACUAUGACAACUUGUGA